GGGUCAUACUAGACAAGUUAGCUGAAGGCAAUGAACUGAUGGCGUGCGUGCCUGCGCAUGUAUCAGAGACUAAAAAAAAAAUAGGCAUGUAUACGGCUUCACCGCCUGGCCCACCUACCCUCUCCAGUGCCUAUGUAUGCUCGGUGGUAGUAGCUAGCUAGUAGCUAGAAAGUUCUCUAGAAAGAGUGGCAAGCGCGGCCAAAUCACUGGGGCGGAGUAACCAAUGAACUGUUCAGUGGGAGUAACUAACGAAAGGAGCUGGAACGAAACAGAAGACAAGUGUGGGCUUGCAAACUAGCUAUCGAUAGUGCAAGUCGGUAAAAACGUAGCAUUAGCUACAUUAAGAUUAACGACACCUCGAUAGCGUGGCUAGUCAGCUAAGCUAUAACCAUUAGCUAUGAUUUUAGAAACUCAAAUGCACCACCAGAAGAAUACUUUUAAAGCAGCUGGUGCGCUAAAUUUAAACUAAAGCUGUUAUGUUAUAUGGAGUAAUCGGCUGACUAACUAGUUUGCUAUCAUCAACGUGUCUGAUAGGCUAGGCUACCUACCUUAGACUAUAGCUAUUUCUCGAUAACCAAAAGGUGGUAUAGUUCGCUGUAUUUUCGUAGCGGCAAAACAUUGUUUGCUAAAGUAAAUUAGCUACAAUUGUUGCUUAUGAAGCCAUACAACAUUGACAGAAAUGUCAAAAUUAUCAGUGGACAAAGAAUUGCAAGAGCGGUUGAGAGAGGCAUCUGCUAUCGGAGACAUUGACGAAGUACGGAUUUUAGUGGAGAGUGGAGUUAAUAUCAAUUCACAAAACGAAAUAAAUGGAUGGACAUGUCUUCAUUGGGCAUGUAAGAGAAACCAUGAACAGGUUGUGGCCUACCUCAUUGGUUCCGGAGCUGACAAAGAAAUUCUCACAACUAAAGGAGAAUUGGCUGUCCAGCUAACGUCUAAGCGUGAUAUACGAAGACUCCUUGGAGUGGAAGAAGACAUUCCUGAGGUGAAGGAGCCAGAAUUGCCUAUUACCCCAAAUUAUCUGUCAAACCCACAGUUCCCAUAUGGAAAGACAGAUACAAAGGAGUUGAUCCUAGAGUCCCACAUUUCCGGAAUUGGCACAGUGGACCAGGAGCCUCACUGUGAGCCAGCCACCGCCCCAACCCCAUCACAGCCAAAUAAGCAUGAGCAGAGCUCAUUUGCUGACACAGAGGGGCAGAGGCAGGCUGCCUACAUCCCAGUGCCAGAGCAGAAUGGCCUGCCACUCAACCCUCAGGCUGUUACAAAUGGAUCACGCUUGGAGGUCCGCCAUUCCAGUCACGGAGAGUAUGCCCAAACAGUUAAAGAUAGUGGGCUGGUGUGCUCAUCUCUUUCCUCCUCCAAUGGGAGUUCCAGCUCCUAUGUGGACAACCCCACUGUCAGCAGACAGCAAUCUGUUCCGCCUCAGCUGAACACAACUCAGGCUGGCAUGUCUGUGCCUGCCUUCCAGCCAUUCUUCUUCACUAGCACAUUCCCAGUCAAUGUGCAAGAGCUGGUUCUGAAGGUGCGGAUCCAGAACCCUAAUGCCAGAGAAAAUGACUUCAUUGAGGUGGAGUUGGACCGACAAGAGCUGACCUACCGUUCACUUCUCAGGGUGUGUUGUAGAGAGCUGGGGAUUAGCUCAGACCACGUGGAGAAGAUCCGCAAGCUGCCUAAUACCAUGCUGAGGAAGGACAAAGAUGUGGCCAGGCUACAGGACUUUCAGGAGCUGGAGGUGGUGCUGGAGAGAGCAGAGAGUCUGUCUUUGUUGCCGGGUGGAGAACAGGGCAGUCUGACAGACAGACCAUGCUACAACUUGAAAGCCUCCAAGUUGACCUAUUAGUUAGAAGUGGGGUCUGUUCACACUGCAAUGAGACAGGACACUAAUAGUCAAUUAUGUAAAACAAGGAGAAUGACCAGGUGUGUCAUGGCACUUUGUUUGGAACGUAAGUAGUGUGGAGCCAUUAUCACAGAUUCUAAAGUUAGAAGUUUUGUCUACAAAUACCGUUAACUGCUGAGGCAUUGAAGAAGGCCUGGGGAUACUGUCAGGAUAUUUGGAGCCUUUAUGUGAUGUUAACACUGUGCCACAGAAGAUCCAGACAAUAGUUUUCAUAAUCCAAACAUGAAUAGGCGGCAGUGUAGUGUAAUGGCUAAAGAGUUGGUCUUGUAACCUAAAGGUCGCAGGUUCGAUUCUCCGGUUGGACACUACCGUUGUACCCUUGAGCAAGGUACUUUAACCUGCAUUGCUCCAGUAUGUAAGUCGCUCAAUGUAAGUCGCUCUGGAUAAGAGCGUCUGCUGAAUGCCUGUAAUGUAAUGAAUUGAAGCUCAUAACCCUUCUGUAAAUCAUUUUAAUCAAAUUUUCCGGGUUUAUACAUGGAUGAUGAUGUAGAAACAUAAGCUGAUUGGGAGUCUUGUAUUUUAAUUAAUACAGAUUUUUAAAUAUACAUUUUAAUUCAAAUUAUAGCGGCUGAUUCCCGCUUAAUGUGAAAAGCACAAGCAUCUCAUUGCCUCCCAUACCUUAUUCAUCAAAAUUUUUGGUAUGCCUACAGUUUUUCAAAAAACAUCCCUGAAUCAUGAAGGCAAGCAGGAAGACUUUUUCACUGCCUUAUAGAGCAGUGCUUUCCAAACCUCUCCUCGAGUACCCCUGUCCAGAUCCAGGUAUUUGAUGUGUUCCAUCUCAAGCACACCUGACGUAAUUAAGAAAGAGCUUGAUGAGUUGUAUCAGGUGUGUUUGAGGUGAAAUGCAUGAAAUGCCUGAAUCCAGCUGGGUGUCCAGGUAGGAGAGUUUUCGAAACCAGUGUUCUUCAGGGUCUGACUUCCUCACAAGGGGAAGAUUCUGAAAAGGGCAGGCCUUUUAUAAGAAAAUGGAUGUGGAUGAUGAUGUAGUGGUGCCUACAGUUGGGUGUAUGUGUAGAGGCCUCAAGAGACCAGCCUGCUGUGCAUGUUGGUGGUGUCUAUUGGACAUGAAAAAAUUCUAGAUUUGUUUGUUUAGCUACUUUUUCACCUAUGGAUACCGACAUCUCACAAGCUAUUUUGUUUUUUAAUUUUUUUGCAUACAGAGACUAGGUUACAAAACAAGAAUUCACCCUACAUUCACCACUUGCGAUAAUUCCUUUUACUAAUUUAAAUCUAACUUACAUUUUGUAUCUUUUGUCUGUGGUGAUACUAGAGUACAGUGUUACAACACAGAAACCAAACACUAAUGCUAAAGCAUGGCAGUGCUUUGAAACAUUGUCUAAUUGUCUCCUCUGUAUUCAGAAGUUAUUUGGUCUUUUGGGUUGCUUGUAGUUGUCCUUGUGUGACCAGUUUAGAAAAUUGCUUUAUUGCUUCGAUUCUUAUUUGGAAUGGAAGCAUCCUCCUGAACCCAAUGAUGUACUUAAAUACUAUUCAUGAAGGGUGGUCGGAGAGGUUGAACACUGUCGCAGCUUCAGUGGUGUUUUUGGGAGGAGGGUUUAAGAGCACUUUCACUCUUCAUGUCAUUCAAAUACUAAUGUAUUGCCUUCUGAGGUACCACAAAAGUUUGCUUCAAGGUGUGGAAAAAUUCAGUUUGUUUCACUGGCUUAAAAUGUUCAGCUCUUAAGAUAUGUGACCGUUUCUGUGUUAAUUUUGUUUGACAUACAGAUACGCAGCUCAGAUGACUAACAUCACUAUAAAAAGUUAAUUUGUCUUAAGUUCAUUCGAACAGUCAAAACCCAAAAAUAGGAAUUCCAGCAAAAAUCAUUCUUUUUGCAUGAUUUUCAUCAUGUGUGAGCUAGAGCCAUGUUUAAAUUAUUAGUUCAGGUUACUGUCAGGAACUGUAAGCUUGUUAGUUUAGCUACUGUGCAGGUAACUGGAUAAAUAUCAUUGUUGCUCAAAAAGCAAUUGGGGAAAAUUAUGUUAGCAAAGGUUCUACCAGUGAGGAGUGCAGACUGCAGUAUAUGCUGCUGUUUUUUUUUUGUUUUUUUUGCAACAGAAUUGGUUUGCAAAUCCUCCUCCCUGGGAGAGGGAUCAGAUUCCAACACAUCCAAUUUGCUCUGCUGUUGUAUUUGCCCCAGUAAUGGCAUUCUGCUUGUGAACAGGGUAUGUCAACGUAGAUGGCAUAUGCGAUAAUGAUCUGAAAUAUAACAAAUGGAUCUUUGCUGUUUUUGAUAUUUGAUAUCAUUACAUUCGGGCUAGAUUGCAGACAAUAAUUGACACGUUUUUUAUCUGAAUUUGUGACAAAUAAAAACAUGAAGACAAAUUUGAUAGUGUUUUGUACUCAAAACAGCCAAUGUUUCCAUAAGAACCAUUUUGCUAUAGAGAAUGUAAUUUUAAAUUAUGAGGGGUAAAUUAUUGUUUAAGGUGGGGAUAUUUUUGCAUAUUUAAAAUGCUUCUAUUAAAACUUUUUUCUUUGUACUCUUCAAAUUAAGGCUGUGUGUUAAAGCACAAGUGAUAUUGUGUUAUCUCCUGUGAAGAAACACUUUUUGUUGCCUUUUGGGUUUAAUAUGCAUAUUUGUAUUUUGAACAUCUGGAAAGUUGAGUGAUUUGUGUAGCUACUGUGACCUAACAUUAAUGUAGUUGGCUCAGAUCCCUCUAUACUGUAUGAACACAGAAAAUGGCAAAUUGCUUAACUAACAUGUGGGGAUGGAUGUGAAUUAGUCAGGAUUUGAUUAAUGAUGUGAUUUUUUUGGACUGUGAUGCGUUAAUCUUUUUCUGUGUCAGGUAUCUUUUUUUCCCCCUUGGUGCACCUGCAUACACCCCCUCCCCCACCCACCCCAUAUGUGUGGGCCUGUUCAUUUGUUUGCAGGUAAAUUUCUACCUAGAGUGUCUUACAAAAUUUAAAUAUGGUCACCAUAGCUAUUAAUUUGAUUUUAAAAUACUGUGAAAUGUUUGGUAAUCAUUAAAAUAUGAUCCUUGUUAACCAAGAGGUAAUGUAACCCAUGUUCUAUAGGAAAUAUAAUAUUUUUACAUUAAUAAUUUAUCACUGUAGACUUGUAGAAAACAUGGGAAAAAAUAAUGGUUACAAGUGCACAACUUCCAAUGUUAUAAUGAAUACAGUAUGAAUUCAGCACAGGAGGAAAAGAGAACUACUGAAAGUACUGCCUGGAUGAAUCAUAAUAGAUUAAUUGUUUUUAUUUACCAUGUCUUCCUUUAACAACUGUGGGGAGAAAUUGAAAAAUGGAAGCAAACCAUGUGUGACAAUUCUAGAUUUAUGAGUGAGAAAUGGAAUGAUUGGAGGCUCCAAAAUGUAUAAGGAGUAUUUUGUAGAAAAUGAUUGUUCACUGAAAGUUAAGGGGAAUGUUUGAUGUCCUAACGGAGUGGUUAGAGAAGUCUUGUCCUGUUUCUCUUCUGUGAAGACACACAUCAAUGUCUCCAGUUUGAGAUACUUUUUGCUUAAGUCAUCUGACUGUCUCAGAAGAAAUGACUGUGUACUAAUUAACCUUCUAGUAGGAGGAGUAGUUUGACUUAACCUAUGCAUUCAGAGUCUGAUAUUUUUAUAUGUGUUAUGUAAUUUGAUAAAUACUUAAGCACUUUUUAACUUGUGUUACUGAAGACCCAACGCUGUUCUUCAAUAAAGCAUGGUAAUUAACUGUUA